CAAGCAGCUGUUUAUUUAGUACUGUUGUACAGUUUGCGUGAAAAAUAUCUAAAUACAUUUCAGUUUACAAAUUUUGGCUAAGACAAUUUUUGAAUUGUUUCCGGGAAUCAUAAUGGUUGGGUUGUGUCGGUUAUGUGCCGCUGUUCGUAAAAAGGAUAUGCUUAUCCCAAUGAACUUAGACAUUUGCCAAAAAAUAAGGGAGUGUUUUGGAAUUGAAAUGUGUAACAGUGGUGAUAAGCUUCCCAAAUGUGCCUGCGGCAUCUGUUUAGAAACAUUGCAAAAUACCUUUUCCUUCUUCCAGAAAGUAAAGGAGUCGCAGGAAUCAUUAGCUUUAUUAUUAAGUAGUUCAAAAGAUGACAAAUCUGAAACUGUUAAUGAAGUUUGUAUUAGAUUAAACGAAAGUGAACUAACUAAUAGCCAAAUUACUGCUCAAUAUAUAGAAUCGGUUAAAGAUAAUAAAAUUAAAGAAGUUGACAUAGAGACCGAUAAUGUGUUGACGUUAGAUUCGAUGGAGCUUAAUAUGCAAAUGAUACAUAGAUGCAUAGAAGAAGAUGGUGAUGACGAAUAUCAAAGUUUAGAAAUUCUAAAUGUCAUGGAUGUCAAUAGUUCGCUGACUGAUAUGGAUGACAGAGUUGGAAGGGAGAGUCUCAGCCAACUUUCAGAAAAUAGUACAGAUGUUAAGAUCGAAACAUACUUUUUAGAAGAUGUAGACGACGAUUUAGAAGAAGGGUCAGAGGUUAAUGAAGAAACUGAUACAAAAUCGCGAGAUUUAAAUGAAAACAAUUUAAAACCUACAAUUAUUGAAAUCUUACCUGCCAACAACUGCGUAACCAAUUGUUCCAAGAGUUUUGAAACAACUGAAGCUAAUAAUGUCCAAGUAAACGAAUGGAAAUUAUACACCUGGAUUUGCCAUUCUUGCUCUAAGAUAUGCGAAACUUUCGCUGCAUUGCGUUUGCAUGCUAAAGAGAAUCACGAAGUGCAUGAGACCAAUUAUCUGCAAUUCAAGUGCGCUGAUUGUCAAAAACUUUGUGUGCACUAUAAUAAAUUUCUUAAUCAUGUGCGAUUCCGACACUAUCCUGAAUUAAGUUUGCGUUGCGAUGCCUGCGAUAUUCAGCAGGAAUCUUAUCAACAAUUAGCUGCUCAUAGAGAAAAUUGUGCUGCAGCACAACAAUAUCCUUUAGUAGAUUUGUGUAAUAUAUGUGGAAAGAGUUUUCAUAGUCGAAAUGCUACAUUAGUACAUUCACGUGCACAACACAAUGAGGAACAUAGUGACAAAACCAACUGGCAUCAAUGUACUCAAUGUGAAAAAAAGUUCAAACGAGUGGCGAAUUUGCGGGCGCACGAACAUAUUCAUUCAGGUUUAAAAGAGUUUGCAUGUGACAUAUGCGAUCGGAAAUUUCGUCAGAAGCAUAAUCUCGAAGUACAUUUGUAUACACAUAUAAACGAACGAGUUUUUGAAUGUAAAAUUUGCAAUAAAAGUUUGAAAACAUCAAAUAGUUUGGAGAAACACCAGCUGAUUCACAAAGAUAUCAAGAAGUUCGCCUGUGAUUAUUGUGACAAAGAAUUUCGCACAAAAGAUGCAAAGCUAUCUCAUGAACGUAUACACACUGGGGAAAAACCUUUUAAAUGCAAGUACUGUGACCGGUGUUUUCGUUUUCGUAGUGGGUUAAUGGGCCACAUUAAUUUACAUACGGGGAAUCGUCCAUAUUCCUGCCAAGAUUGCAGUCGUCAAUUCACCAACUGGGGCAAUAUGAACAAGCACUUGAAACGUUGUUCUAAACGCCAAAGCAGUGGAAAGAGUUUCGAAACGUUUAUCUUUAACACACGAGAAUAAAAAGGAAUCAUUCAGUUCUAAGUCAGGACUAUAGAGUGGAUAACUUAUCAAUUUGAUGUUUUGAAUACUGAAAAAUGCAGUUGCUUCAGUCGAUGUGUGAGAGUUUGCAAUGCCGUGGUGAAGAGUGAUCCGCCUUCGUCCGUUGGUUUUCCUGAUUUCUUGAAAGACACCUGGCAAACAGAUUGUUGUGUAUCACUCAGAGUUUACUGUUCUGCGUUGUUGUAUACGUAGUGGUACGGUUGCUUUAUCCAGUUGUUCUAAAAAACUGGCAACCAUUUGCUUAGAAAUGUUUCGAGCGCGAACAACUUGUGUUGGAUUCGGCUCUCCUUGAAACACCGAUGCAGUCGACUGGUCUUUACUUUCGAGCAGAUACGCGUGAAUCCCCGUUUCAUCAUCUUUAAUAAUUUCAUAUACGUGCUUCGAAGCAGAACCAUCGUUAACAUUUUACGAUUUAAAUUUAACGAUUGAUAGAUUAUGAGGGAUCUGGUGUGAAAAUUUUUUUUUUCAGUCGAAUGCCUAUACAAUAUUGGUUGUAUGUUGGUCCCACAAAUGUCCAUAUUUGUCCCUAUUUCAUGAUAGGUCAUAUAGAUCUGGUAAUAUUAGUUUGUGUACAGUAUCAAUAGUUUCCGGAACAACAACUGAUUUUGGACUAUCUUCACGAAAUCCGUCUUGGAGUGAUCUACGACCUCUAUUGAAUUCAUCAUACAUACCAUCGAUAAGCACUGGUCCUUUAUGGAGCUUCAUCGUCAAAAACUGAAUUAAGUUUAUCGAUGCAGAGUUGCUGACUUAAUCCACGCCUACUGAGCGUACUAUUCGCAAUACCAUCACUCAUCUUGAGACCCAGCAUCCCUUAUUGAAUAAUAUUCGACCGAAUAGAUUACAUUUAGCGUGCAGUGAAGAAAUUAUAGCAGCUGGGACUGUACACAACGACCGUGGAGAAUUAAUUCGGCGCCGAUCUCAUCAACUCAAAUAAAAAAUUAAAUUAAAAGUGUGCAAAAUACAGCUUGUGCAAGAACUGAAGUCGCUCGAUCCUACCAAGGGACAUCGCUCAAUGAGCUCUUGAAAAGUUCCAAGAAGAUCCAAUGUUCUCGAGCCAAAUUUUGUUCAGCUAUAAGGCCCAUUUGUAAUGUAAACACGCAAAAUUGCCGCAUUUGGAACGAAGAGCAACAUGAAAAGAUUCA